GUCUGGAGUCGCUACGACGGGACCGCAAUGAAGAGAUAAAUGGCACCCUUAUCUAUUUAUUUCUAAGUAUCACGGAGCUCGGUCAUCGUUAAUUAGGAGAGAGUGGCUCGAUAAAACAGCGGCGGACACUUCAAAGGACUUCUUACAAGAAUAAUGGACGAGACCCGUCACUGACUUGAUGAAGAUUGAUAUUCAGGCUGAAUCAUGGAGGGUAACGAUGACAAGUCUGUAACCAUGACCCAGCCACAGACUGAAGUGUGCAACUCUGAGGCGGGAGGAGGAGGAGAGAUCUCCAGCAAAGUGGAAGAUGGAGUAAAUCCACUCACUCCUGCUGAUUCCUGUGACGCUAAUAUGACAGGACUGAAUAAAGGAGGCCUCUCUAACCUGACAGACACUCCUGCACCCCCAGUGGUGAGUCCCACUGCUGAACCUUCAGGAGGUGUGGCUCUUAAAGUGGCUACCACUGUACUCCACCCAGUUUGUCUGGGUGAGAGCCCGCUCAUGCUGCCCAUUCACCUCCAGAUGGCCGGAGCAGCCGGGCCUCAGCUCGGACAGAUGGGGGCAGCACCGUACUUGAUAACGAGCCAAAGCCCAGUUUCACUGCCCCUGGUCUUGGAUCAGCAGGUGAUUCAGCACAUGAGUCCUUCUGUAAUCCCUCAGACCACCAACUGUGCACAGCUCCAGAACAACGUGCUGUGUCAGAGUCCUUUGACGUUUGGUUUACCUCCAGCUGUUGACCAGAAGUCCACAGGACAGACGCAGGAGGCUAACUUGCUCUCUCUCCUGCAGAAUCCAGCUUUUGCUGCCAUCUUGCAGGACCUCUUCCCUUCCCAGGGGAGUUCAUCAAGCUGUCAGUCUCCAGGCUCUCCCUUCUUCUCCCUUCCUCCCCUCACCCCUUCCUACACCUCCCCUCUGGCCCCUCUGGUCCCUCCUGCCACACUCCUAGUCCCAUACCCGGUCAUCAUUCCUCUGCCUGUGCCUCUGCCAGUCCCUCUCCCCAUCCCCAUCCCUGUCCCUCAGACCGAGGACUCAAAGGGUAACAUGCCAAAAACAGUUUGCACUGUGAGUAAAAGCACUCAGACUUCGCCAAAAGAUACUACCUCCCCCUCGCAGUCUUCAAGGAAAUGCAUGCCUCCGUUCCAGCCACAAAAUGCAUCCCCAUCCUCACUUCCUCUAGAGGAAGGACAAGCUCUGGACCUUUCUGUCAGGCCAUGUCCAGUUGAACCAAAACAGGAAUAUCCCAGUCCACAGCAGGACAGUGUGCUGGAUUUGUCAGUUCCUGGUGUGAGGAAAAAGUGUGCUCAGUCAGACAGAGGAGCAGCCUCACAGUCCGGUCCGGAUGGCAGCGGCACAUCUUUGUCUCUGGGUGUCGAAUGCACUCAGAGUUUAGAUUCCAAACUCCUCGGCAGUCUGGCAUCGCUGGAGUUCAGCCGGCAGCAUAAGUGGUUGGUUGACAGCAGUGCUGCUGGGUCUAGUUCUUUGAGUCAGGAGGCGUCUCUGAGCGGCGCUGGAAACCUCGAGAUAGUGAGCACCUCGCAGACAGCCAAGGUCAUUGUCUCAGUGAAAGACGCGAUCCCCGCCAUCCUCUGCGGAAAGAUAAAAGGCCUUUCAGGAGUCUCAACCAAGAACUUCUCCAUAAAACGGGAUGGCAGCCAGGGGGCAGCUCUGCAGCAGCUCUACGGUGUGCCAUCGGGAUCCCACGGGGAGCAGCACGACCCCAACAACCCUCUUAAAAAGGUCUCUAAAAGCAGAGCUAUCAAACUGAAGAAGGUCAGCUCACAGGAGAUCCACUUCCUUCCCAUUAAGAAGCAGAGACUGGCAGCGCUGCUCCCCAGGAAGUGAGCUCGCUCACUGGGGAGGGAGACUAAUCUGUGGACUAGCUUUCUGGUAAUCCCUCCAGAGAGUAUAACAUAAAACACAUGUGGGACGUUCUGUAAUCAAAUUGAAACGCUUGUGUCCAACCAAAACUCAGUCUGGCUUUAAAAGCGGGGCUCUGACAAUGUGACACAGUAGUUACACAAACGGUUUCUUCUGAGUUCAUUUUCUUUUAUGAUGCACUAGUCUCUACAGUGUUUUACUAAACCAUAAAUGUUUCAGUGUACGGCAGCUUAGUAUGCUCUCUGUGAGUCAGAGAUGUCUGUGAUUCAUGGUAACAGCAAAGACACACAAGUUCGAUUCCUCCGUUUGGGUUGAUGGUUUGUUUCCACAUGUAUUAUGUUUUAUAUUUUGGUGCACUGAAGAGCGUGUACUGCAGGACGUGACUGAGGCUGUUAAAACAUGUCCCAUCAGUGGAAAUUCACAUGGUCAUCAGUAGCUCACUGGAGCGAUUCAUUCUUUCCUGAUUGGUUGGGAUUUAGCAUGACAGGCUCAUAAUGACUUGGCGAGGCCUGAGCCACAGUUUCAUUAAAUGAAUGUUGGCAGCAGCCACCGAUCACAGUAAAAUAUGUUCUUAUUUUAACAACAGUAGGGAAUAAAUGAAGCUUCUUAAUUACUUUCAUGUUUAAACUGACCUUUCUAUCCAAAAAUGAGGAAACUACAAAAAGAGCUAUUAUUGUUGAUGGCUAAAUUAGCCAAAGCAGCAAGUGUAUAAAGCACUGUAACUCCCUGCUGUUUCCACUUAUUAAAGGGGACCUAUUCUACUUUUCCUUGUUUCCUAUCAUAUGAAUAUUGUUACAAUGGCUGAUGCUCAUUGAUGAGGUCAGUGUAUGUACAAGUAAUCCUGAAACCCAAAAACUCAAGCUUCAGACUCAAAGCUCGAUUUCAGUUUUUGUUUUGUUUCAUCUCAGGCACACUUACUGUUCAAACUUUGUCUCCAAGGAGCAGCCAAUCAGAACAAAGUAAAGAGAGGCUGAGCUAAACUUGCUUGUUUCUGUAGACUGUAGCUGUGUUCCAAAACCUAGGCUGCAUCUUUCGGGGGACCCGGCCUUCGUGGUCUACGUGUGCCGGGUCCUUCGAAGACCGAGAAGGCCGGAAGUGCGAGGCUCUACCAUCUAACACUUCUGUUUAAUCAGUUUUCUGUUUGAUGUUUAUUCAGCUGUGUGAGAACUAUAACUUUAAUCUCAGCCAAACCGAUUUACUCACAAACAAAUAAAACAGAAAAAAGCCAAACAAUAAAAUUUUUAUGUUAUCUAAGUGACUUGUAUAUCAUAACCUGAGUAACAAAAGGGGUCUGAAAACGAUGUACCUGGAGUUUGCUGUUCUUGCCGGCUCUAGCGAGCCUAGCUGACCCCCGGCUAGCUAUCGAGCUGGUGGGUAACAGACGUCUCAGAAAACGUCAGAGCACUUUUGCAAAUAUGUGAUAUCUUGAUAAACCAAGCAAAUAUUUGACGUUUACCCAGCUACAUUCUGAAAAUAUGUUAAAAGUUUAUUUUGUGACCCAGAAAGAGUAAUAGGAAUCAUAUUAAAACUAAGUAGCUGCCGCCAUUGUUGGAAACUGGAAUUGCCUGGGCCGCACUAUGAAUUCUGGGAUAGGAUAGGAUACACCGGACCCAUCCUUCAAAUUCGGGGGAAUGAAGGACACAUUUGUCGGCUGCAUUUGGAGCAGCCUUCGAAUUGGGAGAGCCUUCGUCACCUGGCUGGUCUACAAAUGCGGUAUCCGAAGGAUGUGGCCUAGGUUUUGGGACACAACUUCUAUAUGAAAAAUGGACUUAGCCACCAUGACAGUGACGUCUACAUUUUGAUGCCUUCACUUGAGUAUUUUGGCUACAAUCAUGUUCAUUUUUGUGGAGCCACAUUUUAAUAUUUUCAGGUGAGAGGGUGGCGCUCUAAAAUAUUAGCUAACGUUAGCGAUAUCUGCUAAUUCAUGCUAAUUAGCAGGAAUUAGCUGAAAGUGUAAAGACAGUGCAGUUCCUCUAUUGUUCACUUGAAGCUGUCUCCAAUCAUCUCCCUAGGCUUAAAUCUUAAAUUUACAGCUUGUUCUUCUGGUUGGAAAAUGUAACAUGGUUGUGGCCAAAAGUGGGUAUUGUUAAAGUUUCUAAAUAUGGAGCCUAGAAGCCAAUGCGGGACGUCAAGAUCGCCAUGAAAAAGCACAGUUGUUAUGAAGGUGGAAACUGGCUAAAGAGACCCAAACUGCUUUGUGUACAAGUAUGUAAACGUGUUUAUUUCUGCUGUAUAGUUGGGCAUUUUAACAUGAGUCUGUGGAGACUGACUCAGUUAUGGAGAGAGCCUCAAGUGGCCAGUUUAGGAACUGCAGUGCUUGCUUGUUUCAGCCAGUGGAUAAACUGCAGGAGCUCCACCAAGGCCGAGUAUAAUACAUUAGGAUUAUUUUGAACUGUGAAUUAUGCAAAGCUGCUUUUAAAAUCAUGUAGCUGGAAAUGAGGAGAAUGGGUCCCCUUUAAGUGAAUCUGAGGGGAGGUUUGCUAUUGAUUAAAUCAGCUGUGAAGCAGAGCUGAAACUGAAGGGAAAAGCUGCCGUUAAGAAGAAAUAAUGACCAAUUUCUUGGCUUCAGUGAGAGAAAAUUCUGUUUGUGUAUGUGUUAACUGUGUGAUUAGUUUAUUAGAACCAGUAUUGAUGAAAAUCCACCCAUUUUUAAUCGUGUAAACAUCUGUUCCAAGUUGUUUAAGUGUCUUUUUUUUAAAUUUUUUUUUUUUUAAAUUGUCUUGUUGAGCAUGGUAAUUUUCUGUCCCAGAGUUGUGACUGUGGAUCAUAUUUGUGUGUGUGUGUGUGUGUGUGUGUGUUUUUAUCCUGUUGAGUGCACUUUGUCAUAGUUAGAGGCUGUCCUACCUAUUAUUCUCCCAAAACUGCAUUGCCCCUUUUUUGAUUGCAGGAGUUAUGUAAAUCUGUGAAUUACAGGCCAAGAACUAAUAACAGCCAUAUGCAGACUGUCUAGUUGAACAGAGAUGGAAAAAAUCUUGAUGCUCUCCUUUUUUCUUUUUUCUUUUUUUAAACCAGUUUCUUAUUUAUAUCUGUGUACUUUAGCAGUCUCAGCACAUCUUAAUUCAUGCCUGCAGUCCUUUAAACAGAGCUCUUUGGUUUA